AAUCUUUUUCAUCGAGUUUGUAACGGCAGCGUGGGGCUUUCCCACCUUUUUGUAAAGCAACUUGUGUCGCGCUUCUUUUUUUUGAGAGACCAAGAGCACCCGUUCAUUCGCACACUGAUUCAGACAAAAGUGUCACCACAUUUGCCAUCUUUUCUUGUUUCUUCUCAUGGCGGCGAGCCAACAAGAAUCACUGGUUUUUUGAAAGAAGUUGUUGACACGAUGGGGUUUCUGACAGCACGUUUUUCUUUGAAUUACCUUUGUGAUGUCAGUAAAAAAGCGCUCUAUCGCGAUUUAGUUGUGAGUGUUUUCCCUAUGCCCUUGUAUCGAGGUGUGUCCCAACAUGGCCACGAUGUGCUUAGACGUGUAAAAAGGAUGUGUGUUCCCGCGGCUGUUAAGACUUUCUUUUGUAAAUUACACACGAAUACCUUGCCAGUUAAGGUUUGGCUUAAAGAAAGAGGGAUCUAUGUGCCAUGGUCGGUAAAUUGCCUUCUAUGUAAAAAACCUGAGACUAUUGAACAUGUGUUUAUUUUUUGUUGGGACGCGGUAUUUUUCUGGGAUGUCCUCCAACGCACUCUAAAGAAAGAAUUACCUGUUACCCCAACAGGGAUACGUUUCCUUAGUGUGGAUAAUGAUAAUGAAGUCCCUUAUGACAUGAUUAUGUUGUUAGCUUUGUGCAGCAUUUGGAGAUCACGUAUGGCUGUUCGACAUGCUGACCUCGACGCAAAAGAAGUACGGAUAUAUUUCUUCAACCUUGUAAAACAAGUACAGAGUGUGUAUUUGAACUGUGAACCUGAGCCGGAGUGGACUAGUAUUUUAAAAUCACUCCUCGAAAUGCGUGAUUUUUAA